CCUUCAAGACACGAAGUAAACGAAGUAUAAUUUCUGUAGUAACCAAUGCUAUAAAAACACUGAAGACUGAUUAUUUCUUUAAAAAAGAUACAUCUUGCCACUAUCAAAUGAGAAGCCAAGCACUAAAAUAUUUCAGGCUUUAUUUUAAAGGCAAGUGAGACUGCUUAAAAUAAUUUCAAGCUUCCACGGAACAGUAAAGAGAAAGCAGAGACAAGCAGAAACACCCCUUCACUAACAUACCGUUGCCAUGGACCUACAUAAGCAGUGGGAGAACACAGAGAUCAACUGGCACAAGGAAAAGAUGGAAUUACUGGACCAGUUUGACAAUGAAAGAAAAGAAUGGGAAAGUCAAUGGAAAAUUAUGCAAAAGAAGAUAGAGGAGCUUUGCCACGAAGUAAAGCUUAGGAGGAAAAUGAACAUUAAUGAACGUGCUAAGAUCCUUAAUCAAAAGGCCACUCAAGAUAAAAUGGUGGAAUGUUCUCCAAGUUAUCUCAGAUUGGGUCAAUGUGAAUUUACAGGAAUGAAUCACAGAGAUGGUUUGGAAAAAGAAAAUAAAACAGAGCAGAGUUUGCCAAGUGAAGCACAUCAAAUUUGUAAGGAAGAAAAAGCAACCAAAAAAUCAAAAGUGGGGUUUCUGGAUCCUUUGGCUACAGAUAACCUAAAGGAAUGUGAGGAUUUUCUUAACCUAAAGACUUCUAAGGAAGAAAGCAAGAGUUGUUGUGGUGCCCUGAACACAGCUCUUGAAGAACUUGCCAAAGUUAGUGAAGAUUUAUGCAACUUUCAAGAGGAAAUUCGAAAACGGUCUAACCACAGACGGAUGAAGUCAGAUUCUUUUCUGCAGGAAAAUCCAAAAAUUAAUGUACCUGAUGGAAACAUGAUGAGUAACAAUGACCAGUGCUUUCUUUCAGUCAACUUAGAAAAGGAAAAACAACAAAAUAGAAAGAAUCUAUGUUGUACUGAUGUAGUCCAAAGCAAUCCUAUGAAGAUAUGUGGAACUGAUAUAACUUCUCUGCAAAGAAAUGAAACUCCACCUCUUCCCCCUCCAAGAAGCACUUCUCGAAAUUUUCCCAGUUCAUAUUCUGAACAAAUCCGUGAAAGUUUGAAAGAAAAUUUAGACUACAAUAGCUGGAUAUCCCAAGAGAGUAAAAGUGAAUGGAAUUGCAGUCCUCAUAUUCCUUUGGGUCACAGUAAAAUGCCUGUAUACCUAAAUGAAGGGAAGACUUCAAAAAAUUGUAUCAAGUAUUCUUUAGCACCAGAAACCAAAAAAGAUAACAAACCUCUAUAUAAUGAAAAUGUUGGACUUAGUAUGUGGUCAUGUGACUUUGAGAUGGGAUCAAAAAAUAAUCCUGCAUCAUGGUUUCAGAAAACCUGCUCUGCUCCCAGUAAACUAAAAUAUGAAAAAGUGAUCCCAGACCACCCUGUUAAAUUUCAUCCUGAUCUUCACAUAAACAAUGACUGCAGUUCUUCAGUGAUACAGAACAGUGACCCCCAUAGAAAUUUUAGUUGUGGCUUUGAAAGGACUAGAAGGAAUGAAAAGCUGGCAGCAAAAACUGAUGAAUUUAACAGAACUGUAUUUAGAACAGAUAGAAAUUGCCGUGUAGUGGAGCAAAGUCAAAGCUACUCCAAGUCAUCUGAUGAUCUUAAGCCUUGUAAUACCUUGAUUACUCACACUGGUCACAAAUCAGAAAAUAACAUUGCGUCUGAUAUUUUGAAGACCUGUGCCCACAUGCCUGUGUCCAGGGAAAAUGUGCCUCAUAAUCUCACCAGAAAGUCUACAACAGGCCUGGUCAGACAAGUACAGGAACAUGUAAAUUCUAGCAGUUAUCGGAAUACGCUCCAUGAGCAUGACUGGCGACCAAGUAAUUUGUCUGGUCGACCAAGAUCUGCUGACCCCAGGUCAAAUUAUGGUGUUGUGGAAAAGCUUCUGAAAACCUAUAAGACAUCAACAGGAUCUGCAAUGCAUAAUUCUAAAUGUUCACAGGAUAAUUGGACCAAAUGUAAUUAUGAUGUCUUUGGUGGGGCCACAUCAAGUCAGCAUUUAGAAAUGCCCCCACUCGAGCAAGACCUUCAACAGAAAACAUCUGUCAUGUGUGGGCCACAACAAGUGAUGCAAGGAAUAGAUUGGGAAAAAAAUACAGAGGACUCCAUGAUUGUGAAAUCCUUACAAGGAAAAGGAUUUUCCCGACCUGCUAGACCAGCUAAUCGUCGUCUCCCUUCCAGAUGGGCAUCAAGAUCUCCAUCAGCACCCCCUGCCUUGCGGAGAACAGCUCACAGUUACACAAUUUCUCUGCAAUCUGAAGCUUCGAUGGUCUAAGUCUCUAGUCUGGAUUGCCAAGAUUAAAAAAGUCCCAAUUGCCAAAAAGAGCCUUCUUAGUGUUUACAACAAGUACUUUAUCUUUCAAGAUCACUGGGACAAUUGAAAUCGUAACUUCCCAUCAGUCUUCAGU